AUGAGAGAGAGAGGUAGAGAGAGAGAGAGAAGCGCUGUGCCUAGGGCUCACCUAGGGCAUCCGUCACGGUCAUCGCCUUCACCGGAAGUAAGGCAGAAAAGGGGGGGUGCUUCGAUUGUCAGCGGAGGAUGGACGGAGGUGAGACGGCGACGUCGGAAUGGGUUUAGAGGGGAAGAUGGAGGCAAAGACAGACCACGACAGAGCAGAUAUCACCAUUAUUCACGUUCGAUUUCUCCAUCUGGUAAUCGACGCUUUGACGAUCGAUACUACAGCCCUGAAUUUCGCGUGCGUGAUCGCAGCCAUACUGGGAGAAACCAGUCACGUUACAGCAAGGAGGGACGUUACAUUUCGCGUGAUCGUUCUCAAGAAUACGGCCACUUCGUGCGAUCAGGCAAGGCAAGGUCUCGUUCUGCGUUUAAGCGGCAGCAGCAGGUCCAUGGAGGAGCUCGACGGCGUCAGGAGCUGGAAGAGGAACGGCGGCGCUCGGAUGAUGUUAAUUAUGGUGAAAGAGUUAGGAACAAUCAAGAGAGUUUAAGGGAUGGACACGAUAGCAGGUUGGUUGGCGGUGGAGAUUUGUGUGAUGAUCACAAACUUGUUAAUGGAAACAAGCAUGAUGGGGUUGUCAGUAAGCACGGUGAAGAGAGCAUAUUGGGUUCUGACCUUAAGCGGUACGUUUCCUUUUAUUUUACAAAUUUUCCAGCAUAG